ACGAACGCGGAGGGUGGCGCACUCAGGAGUCCUUCCCUGAAUGAAACAGGAUUUUCGUUAGCGGACAUUAUGGUUCUGGGUAUUAAGCGUCAUUGACGAAUGACCUUCCGCUAGCUCGAGCCGAAAUGUCGCCGGUUUCCUUAACGCUGUUAAGGAAGCACUGGAUGUGAAAACAGCGCCAUUUCUGUCGGCGUCCAUGAUACGCGAUGCUACCGCAGCGGAUUCCAGAGCUCGAGCUCGGAACGGCAGCGGGAGAGAAAUAGCCGCUCCCCUUUCGCCGCUCUUCGUUACUUCAGCCCACGGCAGGUUGUGCCGGUGAAGUAAGACGAAGCACCAAAAUGGACCCUUCCGACUGAGACGCAAACACGUUCCGUGUUUUGCUCAGCAGCUGAGAUCCAUCAGCAGCACAAGCCAUGCCUGACGAAUAAAAUCACCUUUUUGCUCAAAGCAAUAAUAAUAAAAAAACAUCCUACAUGCCUCCCCAUGUAGAGCCCCUUCAGUGCGUCCUGCUGGAGUGACUGCCCCUUCUACCCAAGCUUCUGCCUCGUCCUCUCUCUGUACCCUUCUCCACCGACCACCCUACAGUAACUACCCAUCACAAUGCUGCUUCACCUGAGAAUGGCCAACACCUGAGGUCCCAUGCGUCCAGUGAGCACCAAUUCAGACGGUCCUGCUCCUCCUGAAAACCUCUCUUGCCCCUACCCCCUCGUGGGCCCCCUGCCUGCCUCAGAGAUGUCCCUGUUCCAGUCGCUGGGUCCAGUACAAAGCUGGCUUGGCCAGGAGCUUGAGAAGUGCGGGAUUGAUGCCAUGAUUUACACCCGCUACGUCCUCAGCCUUCUCCUGCAUGACAGUUACGACUAUGACCUGCAGGACCAGUCUUCUGUGACUGACUGUUCACGGUUUGUGCAAAAGGAAAACGACAUCUUCUUGGGCUGGGAGAAGGGAACUGGGAAGAAAUGGGGCAAGAGCAAGAAGAAAGGAGGGAUCGACCUGAGUCUUGAGGAAAUGAAGAAGCAAGCUGCUGUGCAAUGCCUCCGCUCUGCAUCUGAUGAAAACUCUGGAAUUGAGAGCCUGGUUGAAGAGCUUUGCUCUAAACUAAAGGACAUCCAAAACAAACAGAAAGAGGAAAAACAGAUAAAAAAUAAAUCUGAUGGCUCUCAGUCUCCCGAGCGAGCUGAGUCCCCCUCUUCAAAGGACCAGGUGGAAAUGUAUUAUGAAGCCUUUCCUCCUUUGUCAGAGAAACCUGUUUGUCUCCAAGAGAUCAUGACGGUGUGGAACAAGGCUAAGGCCUGUACAUACUCAAGUUCAUCAUCCUCCGCAGCCCCACAGACCAGCACAGACACCUCUUCCCCAAAAGAUUGCAACAGUGAAGGUGAGACCGCAAAGGAGGGAAACCUUGAAGCCUGUGGCACCAUCACUACUGUGACCAACGAAAGAGGCCAGCAGCGACGAAGCAAGAAGGAGAAAGAAAACAGAUACCAUGGUGGUGGUGGUGCAGCAGCGGAGGAGAAAGCUACCGUCCACUCGAAGAGACAGGCGAGACACCGAUCUGAGGGAAAAUACCGACCCAGAUCCUGGUCUUCUGGCUCUAGCGAGGCGGGCUCAAGCUCAAGUGGGAACCAGGGUGACUUGAAGUCAUCAAGAAGCAAAGCAGUUAGAAUUAGGCACAAAUCCAGGGAGGCUGCAAAAAACAAGAGAACACGCAACAGCGGGCAGGUGAAGGUAAUCGACAAAGAGGAGCGAAGAAUCACGGGAGGGAGCAGUAGCAGCGCCACUGGAGGCGCUGCCAAACAACCACAGCUUUACAAAAAGGGGAAGAAACCUCUGAAGGAGAUUCGUAAAGACCCAGGCUGGAAGGAGGCAAAAGAGUCCGAAGCUGAGGCCAGAAACGAAAAAGAAUACAUGGAGGAGCCACUUUGGUACACUGAGCCCAUCACAGAGUAUUUUGUACCUUUCAGCAGCAGACAAAGCAAGCUGGAAACAAAAUAUCGAAACAAGGUAGACUCUCCUGAUGGCUUUGCUUUGUCAACCGACAUGAGGCUGCCGGAGAGAAUCCAGGGAAUCUGCAUUGCCAAUGAGAGCUACCAGAGAGCAUACCUAGCAGCAGGCUCGUUUGUGGAUGGGCACUUUGUGGAAGGGCCUGGCGACGCAGAAGAUGAAACUGUUGAACUCACCGGGACCUCAAGCUGCCCUCAGCCAGAGGAUAGUAGAGAUUUAGAUGACAAGCAUCUGUCUGAAUUCACUCACUUCUAUGAAGUUGACAUUUAUCAAUCCAUAUUGGAUACUAGUGCCUCAGACUCUAUACAAGAGAGUCGGAUCUUAAGCAUGAUUCGACAAAAAAGCAAAGAGCAAGGAGACGUAGAGGCAGAAUGUUGUUUAGUGUUAGAUGGCCUUGAUCAGCAAGGGAAAAGUGCAAUACGGGCAGACUCACAGGAAGCUCCAGGAUCCUUUGGAUUCUUAAUGGAGGAUCUUGAAAGCAUGGCUCAAGUGUGGGGAUGUUAUUCGCCAUCUACUUCAGAAGAUAUAGAAGGAGAAAGCUUCGUGGGAGACUCCCCCAUCCGACUCUCCCCCCUCCUCGAUAGUGUUUCAUUCACCCUGAGCAAACUGUCUGGAAAUCUGGAGGAGCCAGCCAUCUCUGAAGCCACCAGUGAACCAUCCGGUUUGAACUCAUCCUGCUUCUCUCUUUUCGAGCUGCAGUAUGACAGCCCUACUUUUCCUUUUCCCCGCGACUCACUCGCCGUUGGACACGAAAACAACACAGAUUCUAGUAGCUGUCUCGACCCACAUUCUAAUAAACAGUCUCGCUUGCUAAUAUGGACCAAAAAUAGUGCCUUUGACGAAACUGAACACUGUUCUAACCUUUCAACGCGAACAUGCAGUCCGUGGUCACAUUCAGAGGAGACUCGGUCAGACAACGAGCAAGGAAAUGUUCCGGCGGAGGAUGCUGCUCAAAUUGGCAACGAGGAGAUUGAUUGUAUAAUCCCUCCUCUCUCUGGUACAUAUCUGGAGGAUGAAAUCUUGGAUUUUUUGCAAGAAAACUCUGGCCAUAAGUGUGAGGAGGUCAGUGUUAGCACAACGUCCAACAAGACCCUCACCAAAAAAUCUAAAUUGGAGUCCAUUUGUGGUAUCGCAUUGGAGAAGGAUGAGAGUAAACAGUACAGCACUGGCAUGUUUUCGGACAACACAAAACAACACAGUGAUGACUACAGCUCAGGGAUAAUAAAGGACAUUUGGACGGCAAUAGGGGAUGACAAAUCUGUAAUGUCAAAGCCAGGAGCAGAACAACCGAGUGAGGGGCUAUUCUCAGAUGAGUCAGGCGGUUACUGCUGCAGCUGUCUGGAAGAGCAGGAGAAAGAAGUUCCGAUUCAGGGGCCUCCGAAAAAAGCGGUGCAGAGGUCAGAGUAUCACCUUUGGGAAGGCAAGAAAGACUUAGCCAAAAACAAACUCUCCAAGGUAGAUGGUGCUGGGGAUUACAUGACUCCGUCCAAGCCCUGGGACCUGAACUCUGACAAGGAGAGUACAUCAUUCAUCCUCGGAGGGGUGUACGGAGAGCUGAAGACACUAAGUGGUGAUAAGAAUUGGGCUGUCGUGCCGCCAAGUGACACCCAAGAUAGCCUGCUCCAGUGUGCUGCUGCAUCUGCUUCCAGCUCAGAUAUGCUUACCAUCACUGGCACAGAUGUGUUCAUGAACACUGGCAGCUGCUUUGCCCCUGGGCACAGGCCCCUGUGGAGGCCUCUUGUGUCCUUCGGUCAGAGUGACCAGGCCAUCAGAGGAGGCGGAGAUGGAUUGAAUAAGGGAUUUUCUUUCAUCUUCCAUGAAGAUUUGCUUGGAUCUUACGGAGGCUUGCAAAGUAAGGAGCACGGUUUAGAAUACCCGUUCUCAUCCUUCAACCUGAACAAUCCCUUCUCUCAAGUCCUCCAUGUUGAGUGUUCUUUUGAGCCUGAGGACAUGGCUUCGUUCAGUCCGGGCUUCAAGCCCAAAUCUAUUCUUUGCUCGGACUCUGAGAACGAAGCCUUCCACCCACGAAUAUAUGGCAUCAACCGGACGCAGUACAGGGCCAUUCGCAUUUCCCCCAGGACUCAUUUCAGACCCAUAUCGGCCUCCGAGUUAUCUCCUGGUGGAGUGAGUGAUUCAGAGGCCGAGACUGACAAAGACGAGACGAUUUUUCCCGUCCAGGCGCCGUUGGACGUCUUUGACGAUCCUCAGGCCGAUCUCAAACCUCUGGAGGAGGACGCAGAAUGCGAAGGCCCUUAUUACGGGAAGUCAGAACUGGAAUCUGGUAAAUUCUUACCCAGAUUAAAGAAGUCUGGCAUGGAGAAGAGUGCCCAGACUUCUCUGGAUUCACAGGAGGGCUCCAGUACCCUCCUGCCAAUCACUGAGCAAGAGAUUUGCUUAGACUGCAAAACGGCAGCAGCUGCAUCAACUGCAGGUGGACAGACUGAGGUUUCUGUCGGCAAGGUUCGGAAGGAGAAAUCUUCAGGAGAAAAGCAGUCCUGUUUAUCUGCACCAGCAGGUCAGAUCCCUAAGUAUGGGAUUGCUUAUGACUUUGUUGGAGAUGUGCCAGAGUUCCCUCUGUUAAAUAGAAGUGGACAGGGAGGAACUGGCAACCAGCAAGACGAGUGCUGGUGGCAGAACACACUGUGUUCCCCCCUUUUCCCUGGAUCUCAAUGUACAGGGAGCAGCAACAUUUGAAUACUCCAGUUUUGCAGAGGACGUCUGUCAUAGAGAGGAAACCAACCUCUCCUUUUGUGACUGGACCUCUACCAGCAAAGAUUCAGGGUCAUCUCAGAGCUGGAAAAACCUAAUGUAGGCUAAUUUCUGACACUCCCCUCCCUCCCUCCUCCCCCCCCAAAAAAACACACAUAUCCCUGCAGGUUUUCAUUUACUAACUUAAAACCUUAUGUAAUCAACAAUCGGAUCAACAAAAAGCGAGAGAAAAUAGGAAAACUCAAAAAAUAUGUUCUGUCUUUGAGUGAUGCAAUGUGCAGAUGUGCAUUUUAGAAUUUGUUCCAUUUGAUUCUUCUGUACACUGGUCCUCAUUCAAGUCUCACAGUUAGCUAGUAGGGACAAUCUUUAGUUCUUUCCUCGUCGGUUCUGUUCCUGCGGUUUUGCUUUUGAGCUAGGAUCCCGCUAGUUGGUGGUAUCUGAAUGGUUGUGCAUGUGUGUUCGUCCAGCCAGUCUCACUCCUCCUUUUUCAACAUAAUGUUGUGUGAAAUGACCUAUCGCAUCCUCUACUUUCCAUCUUGUGUUCAGAAAGAAUAAUACAAGGAUGUUGACUUUUUGUUUUGUUUUAGAAUUUGAUUUUUAAUUUUUUUUAAAAACAACAAACCAACAAACAAAUAUGUUGGGAUGACUUUCUGAAUGUGAAGUAGAGAAUGUGUGCAGCUUUCUUCACAAUAUCCCUAAAUUCCCCAUGUGUGAAAAGUUAUCAUAAAUGAGUCAGAUUUUUUUUGAAUGCUGAUAGUCUUACAAAAGUAGUAGAGCUAGUAUGGUUGGUGAGGCAAAAGAAAAAAUCCUUAAGAAAAAAAAGAAGAAAAAAAACCCAGGAAAUCAUAAGGCGUUUUGUUGGAAAGAAAAUACUAAUAAUCUACUUGAAAUGCAAUGCUGUAAAAUUAUUUUGGAAGAACAAAGAAAGACAAAAAAAAAAGGUUAUGUUUUGGGUUAAAGGCCCAUCAUAAAAAAAGACUACAGCCAUUUCUGCAGACACCUGUGUUACAACUGAAUGAAACUUUGUUUAAAUUUCUUGUAAUUUCUAUGGUACAGACUAUUUGGUGCUAUGAAUAUGUUCAAAACCCUUUUUGAAGCUGCAGUUCAAUAAUACGGCUAUGAUAAGUAGACGGCGUAGCCUAGUUUUGUUUGUAGUCCGGACCGUCAGACUCAAUGAAUACCUUUUUCUUUUCUUUUUUGCUGAAAUUGUAAAAAAGGAAGUAAAAAAGGAAGAAAAAAAAGAAGAAAAAAAGGUUAAGCCUGAUCGUGGUCUCGCUUAAUGUGGCUUAGUUUUUACUUUACGGUAACCUCUUAGUGGUCGGGCCUGUAACGGCCGAAGCCGAAAUACAGGUAUUAAAUCUCACGUUACCACACAUCCAUUCAGUCACUUGUCCCCAAGCAGACAGGACGGACGCUUAGCUGUCCAGGCUGCAACUAAACACAUGUGCAACAAAACAAGUGGCGGGGGUGGAGGUUAAAACCAAAAACAUGGCAUAAUUACACUAUGGUACAAAUGCUUUUUUUUUGUUUCUCUCUCUCUUUCUCUCUCUCUCUCUCUAUACAAGGUGUGUGUUUAUUUUUGGUUUACAAUAUAUCCUGUUGAAAUAUUCUCACUUUGCGUGUGCGUGUGCGUGUGUGUGUGUGUGUGUGUGUGUGUGUGUGUGUGUGUGUGUGUAUUGGCAACAGAACUUGUGAAGGCACUGGUUCAAAAAUGAGUGUACAAGAACUUUAUCUCAAAAGUGUAAACGUAUGCAGAGACAUGUGCUCACACAAAUGCAAACGCAUCAGUGGCCCUUGAAUUUGAAGCACACGUGUGUGUGUGUGUGUGGUUGGACUGCCCCCCCCCCCCUGUGACCUGUGCUUUGAAAGUCAAACGACCUUUUCUCUCCAUCUAAAGGAACAGGUUGGAGCAUUGGAGUGAGAUCAAUUGGCAGAAAUGUAAUAUUAAAGUAAAUAUAGAACAAAGAAACUUUUUAAUCUUUCCAAAACCGGUUACGAGGACGGUAGCAGGAUGACUUCUUCGGGGUCACAGAGCAUGGAAUGAAAACUCUGAUAACUGAAAGCAUCCCUCCAUUAAUUGGCACUGUGUGAGCAGACUCCCUGCUGGGUGUCUCUAUUGCAGGCGUGGCUUUGGAAAUGGCCUCCUUGUGUAACAAUGCAGAGAUUGUACAUGCACAGGCAUAGGUUUGUUCAGUCCAACGCCACUUCAGUUAAAAACAGAGGACCCCCCCGAGUAGCUGAACGAAAGUUAAUCCAACUUCAGGGUCUUGUCCCCUUUCUUUGACAGUCAUCCGGCACUCAGGAAUUUUUUGAUAUGAGCAUACUCUACACUCAGACCUGUGACAUUGAUGCAUUUGUGUAAAACCUUUCUUUUGUUGUAGAGCAGAAAUUAUAGACUGAAGGACUGUGCUUCUUUUUCUUUUCCUUCCCAAUUUCGAUACCUGAACCUACUACCGGGCACGUACAUACAGGGAGUGAAUAUCAUACAACUUUAUUUUUUUUGUUGAGUUUGGCAGAUUAUUUUCGCAGAGGUCAUUAACUUCGAGCUACAGUUUUAGGGGGGGGGGGGGGGGCGGGGGAUAACAAAGCCAUUGUAGAUUCCAUCAGCAAUGUGGAGGGGAGUUCUAUAGCCCUGAGUCCUAUGCAAUACGUCGGCAUGUAAACAUCCAAGAAUAUACGGAGAAAAGUCAUUCAGUUAAUUUUGCAUGUUGAUUACUUUUGAGUGAGAGGACGCCUGAGGUAAACACACAAACAAACCAUGCAGCAUGCAAACAUCACAUUCUGGUUGUUUUCUUUUUUUUUUAACGUUGGAUUUAACUAAAUAUUUUGGUUUUCAAAAGAAAAAAAAUAUAUAUAUAUAUAUAAGUGAGGUUAAAUCAGUGAUUGGAAGAAUGUUCAGGACUGCGUGUGAAUCUGAGUGAAUGUGUGCAAGGAGCCGAGUCACAAAAAAAGCACUUACAUGGGAGUUGAAAGGACCUUUCUCCAUUUGACUCUUCCAUUUUGAUAGGCCGUGUUAAACAUUAAAAAAAAAUUAAAAAACACGUACAAUGAGAAAAUGCAUUUAGUGAGGGUAUAUGCAUUUAGAACGACUGUGGCGGGGUCGCUGGGUUUCGUUGUGGUCUGAAGAACAUACCCCGCACUGAAAACUUGAGUUUUCCUUGUCUUUUCAUUCCCACCUCGACUCUCCUUCAACCUUCCGCUCCCUCUCUGUUCCCCGAACCCCCUCCCCUCCCUCAUCUGUCCCGAGUAGCGGUGUUGUUCUGAUUUCAUGUUCACCCUGAGAAAAUUAUUUUGUUUCAUUGUGGAUUUUUCUUAACAUCUAAUAAAGGAAUAAACCAAACCUCA